CUUUGUAUUCAUCUAACUGCUACAAUUUGAUGUUUACUUGUAUAUUACCUUUAUUGAUGUAUAUAAUUACAUUCCCUUCUCAUUCUUUGUAGAGUCACUAUCCUCCCACAUCUUAAAUCCUCUUUGUUAUCCCAAACUACUCAUAAUCCUUAAAAUUGGCCUAAAAACACAUCUAAAAACUUGUACAUGGCUUCACUUACAUCAUCCAUGAACACCCCCCAACCGCCUUCUUCCAUAAACAACACUACCACCCUCCGCGAAGCUUCCUUUUCCUCCUACCUCAAUAACUCCGAUGAAAAGUCCAUUCGUAACCUCAUCGAAUCUAGCCAAUCCCCAUCAAUUUUUAAGCAAAAUCGUCAACAAAACUCGAGGCAAAACAAGGCUGAAGAUGGAGAAAUCGACGUUUUUAGUGCUGAUAAGUACUUUAACAAAGGCUUAACUGAAACACCUUAUAACACCAACUCAACACUAUCAAGAAGUACAAAGUAUCAAACUUUGAAAAUGAAUCAUGAAGAUCCUACUGAAGUCAACAACAUGGGGCAGUCUAACAAUAAACUUAAAUUGAUUCCAUCUCGAACUCCUAGCAGUAGUCAGUCUGAACGCAGUGCGAAUAGUCAGAGUGCACUACUCAGACGAUUUCACAGAACACCAUCGAGAAUUAGCACCAACACUGAAACUAGCCGAAAAUUUCAGGGUGCAGGAAAAUUUUCUUUUCUUACCUGUUCUUGUUGUGAUAAGAAAUCGGUUGAAAUCGAUCCAAAGUUUACAGAUCAUGUUGAUAAAUUCAGUGAAAUUCCCUUAGGGCCGGGGUACAGUAAAGCUGGUACAAUACCAAGAUCAAUAAAAACAAGCCUAGAUGCGGCUGAGAUCACAAGAAUGAACAAGCUUCGAGUACUCGACAACACAGAUCAAUUUGUGUAUCCGAUCCUGAAUUCUCCCUCGUUGACAGCAAUCGAAAAGUUGCAGGAUCAAGGCGAGGACACAAGGAAAUCACUAGAUGUUUUCGGGUCUAGUGAUUUCGAUGAGGGGAGUAAAAGAUUUAGUCUACAAAAGAGACUAAACAUGUUAGCUUGGGAUACAAUUCCAAAAGCAGAGGAAUCCAACACUUCUGGUGCACCUAGUGAGACUUAUAAAGACGUAGAAAGCGAUGCUAGUUCCGACUUAUUUGAGAUCGAGUGCCUAUCCUGCACAGCAAACCCGGUAAUGCAAUCCCCUCGAUUGGUACCAUCAGAUGGGAGUGUUACCCCCACGUCUAGGUAUGCACCGAGUGAGGCUAGUAUCGAGUGGAGUGUUGUGACUGCUAGUGCUGCAGAUUUUUCGUUUGGUUCUGAUUCUGAAGACCAAAGAAGUAGCACACUACGAUCAACUCGACAUAAGAUGGGCUUAAAGAUGAACACAUCGAUGAAAUCGAGUGUAAAUAAAGAUGUACAUAAACCAGUUUCGCGUAGUAUGUUAGGGUGCCAAAGCCAGAAAUCUGUGAAUGUUGCUAGGGAAGUUCAUAGCAAAACACCUCCUAGAGGGAAAUCUGAGAGUCAGAGGAUGCAGAAGGUUCCAGAAUGUUUUGCUCCUGUUACAAGGUUUCAAGCAGAGACUAAGAUGGGUGGAUUUGGUCAUAAACAAAGACAAAGACAAAGUUUUAGUCCUGAUAAUCUUUUCUAUAUCGAAUAGCUAUUUGUUGUCUAUGUUUUUAUUUACUUUUUUAUUUUGUCAUGAUGAUUUUUAACUUCUUUGUAACCUUAGAUGUUUUAAUCUUCAUAAUUCUUGACUAAUUUUGUAAAAUAAGUUUUAUAAAAUUUUUAUGUUUGAUUUGAG